CAGAAUGAUCCUACUCCACGCCUCUCCUGGCUUUUUGAUAUUGGUUUAUCAUAUUUUUCUAUCAGUCAGUAGCAGUUGCUUGUAGGCAAGUAGACACAUUUGGGCUAUUUGAACAAUUCCAAAGGCAGUUGGAGGAUAAUAGUGGAUUUUUUGUUUCUUUGUGACCUUGCCUUUUCGGCGUUAAUCCAAGAGGAUAGAUGCUAAUGAUGGAGAAUAACGGCAUGGAAGCGCAUCAGGUUGGAAUCAAUCCUGAAUACGAGCCGGAGAGCCGGCCGCGGUCAUGCACUUGGCCGCUGCCGACGUGUCCGGAGGAUUUCCCUCGGGGAGUGGAUGAAGCAAAUCGAGGUCUGCCCCUGGCAUCUGUCAAACUGGAGCAGCUUCAGUACAACGUGCCGGCAUGCCGCGGUGGAGCAGCCGAGGGAAGAGGUGGCGCACCCGCAGAGCUCAAACAUCCAGCCGGCGCCCCGGUCCCCAUCGCAGCCGGCGCUCCUACAUGCAUGUCUGGGGCUGCCCUCGACGUGGCCGGCCAGCUGCGCAAAGCCAAGUCAUCCCGGAGGAACGCGUGGGGAAACCAGUCGUACGCGGACCUCAUCACGCGUGCCAUUGAGAGUGCCCCUGAGAAGAGACUCACUCUAUCGCAGGUUUACGAUUGGAUGGUGCGCUUUGUCCCUUAUUUCAAGGAUAAAGGCGACAGCAAUAGUUCAGCUGGAUGGAAGAACUCCAUCCGCCACAACCUGUCCCUCCACACUCGGUUCAUCCGUGUCCAGAAUGAGGGGACAGGGAAGAGUUCCUGGUGGAUGCUGAACCCAGAGGGGGGGAAGAUGGGUAAGGGACCCCGGCGACGCGCUGCUUCCAUCGACUGCCCCAACGGCACCAAGAUCCUGAAGAGUAAAGGACGAGCCAGGGGGAAGAGGACUGGAGCUGGAGCUGGGAGUGGAGCUGUUGGUCGGGGCAGGCGGCAGGGUUAUGGUCUGGGUCAGGGGGCUCGGCCGGGGAUGCAUCAGGGGUCUCCAGAGCAUGGUAGUCCUGCAGGGAAGGGAGGAGUAGGGGUGGGAGGAGAGGAGUACGAUGCCUGGACGGAUCUCCAUUCCCGGACCUCCUCCUCAGCUUCGACGCUCAGCGGCUGCCUGUCUCCCAUCCUGGCCGAGGCUGAGCCAGAUGAGCCAGAGGAGGGAGGUCUGUCCUGCUCCACUUCCCCACGUCUCUAUCCCAGCCCUACUUCCACUCGCUCCCCUGCCCUGGGCACUGGGGGGCACUGCCCUGGAACCUCAAUGGAGCUACCCCAACUCACUGACCUGACUGGGGCUAUCAGCCUGGAUGAAGGCUACCCCCACCCCCAAAACCACCCUCAGACCCAGCCUCGUAAUGGCUACCCCAGCCCCUACGGCUCCAGCCCCAAGGGGGAAGGCUCCUACUGCGGCCCUGUCUAUGGGCAGCCAUCCCUGGGCAUGCUGCGGCUCCACGCCCCCAUGCCCAUGCAGACCAUCCAGGAGAACAAGCCAGCCAGCUUCCAGCGCCCCCUGAGGGCCUACUCAGAGAACAAUGCCCUGCAGAGCCUGCUGACCGGAGGGCCUGGAGGUCCUCAGUACUGCAGUAAAGACAUGGUCACACUGGGAGGGCAAGGAGGGGAGUCACACACGCUCCUGACCCAGGUAACCAAUCAGAGUCGCAGCAGCCACAAUCAUAGUCAUAGCAACCAUAAUCAUAAUAACCAUGAGCACGGACACAAUCCAGGCCCACACAAUGGUCACGGCUCAGUUCAUGACCAGAACCCCAGCGGUCAUCAUCAGAAUGGUCACCACAAUCACGGUCACCCCAACCUGGACUACAACCAUAGCCACAAACAUCACCUCAGCCCAGGAACUGACUACAACCAGAGUCACAGCCACAAACUGAACCCAAGCCAUGACCACACUCCCCGGUCCAAUCAGGGUCAUCACCACGGUCACCUCCAGGGUGGACCUAGACCUCCAGCCGUCCAGGCUCUUUCUCCCAGAGUCAACACAGAUAUCCUGCAGCCCUACAGCCUCAAAACCCCCACCCCAACCCCUAGCCACUAUGGCCCCCUCACCCCCCAUCUCCCCACCACCAAUCCCCCGUCCCUGCCCCCCAACCCCGCCUCAGUUCUUGACAUACCCCAGGACCCCUGCCUCCGCCUGGCCUCCGCCCCAGCCCCUCAUCCCCACCCCCGCCACCAGCCCUACCCCGGUACCACCUACCACCAGGGUAUAACCAUGACCGACUCCUGGCAUGGCUACUACCACCACACCCUUCACCCCUCCCAGAACUACCAUGGACACUUCCACCACAGCACUCACCAACCCAACCGCAUGGCUCCAGACCUGGAUGUGAACGUAGACAUUCUCCCCAGCAGCCUAGACUGUGACGAGGAGUCCAUCCUCCUCAAUGACUUUAUGGACACAGAGGGGAUGGGGAUGGACUUCAACUUUGACGGCUCCCUGUCUCAAGGAGUGGGCAUGGGCAUGAGCAUAGCGGCUUUCGCCGGAGCGCCCCAGGGACAUCACAGUCAGAACUGGGUGCCCGGGUGAAGGGGAUUGGUCGGGGAAGCCCAAGGGCCAAUCAGGACACAGCAGAAAGGCUUUCACCCACAAGGCUGAGCUGCAGGGGUCAGAGGUCAGGGAUCAGGGUCAGAACGCACCCUUUGACUGACUGACUGAUUGACUGUGAUGCUUAAUGCUACAAGACAAAAGAACCGAAUAUGUAUUGUCAUGUUGUUUCCUGAGGGUCCCUUUACAAUCUCUAUUCUCUCUCUUCCCCUCUCUCUCUGUUCCUUCUUUCCUUUAUCUGAUCCUCUCUCUGUGCUCUCUCUCUCAUUCCCUCUGCACCCAUUCUCUCUACUCCCUCUCUAUCUCUGUGUCCCUCCGGUCGCUCCUGUGAUGGACUAGCACCACAGCACCCUCCCAGCUCUGUGUUAUACCCCUGGUUCAUGUCCUUCAGUUGGUCUGCUAUACUGUAUAACGCACUUUACAUCCUUCGCUUUCAAAACAGAUGCAGUAUAACAAAGACCGGGGGGGGGGGGGUGUCAUAGUUUGUGUUAAGUUGAAUUUAUGCAAACCACUUUAUUAUCCAUCUCCUCUUAUAAAAAAGAGAGAGGCGGUAUCUUACUUGAGAACAGGAUCAAACAACUACAUAACAAAUAAGGUCAGGGCGAGUUCUCCUUCUUCCUCAAGGAUGGAAGGAUGAAAGGAGGGAGGGAUGGAGGGAUGGAAGGAUGGAGGAAUGGGGGGAUGGAUUGAGGAGUUCUCCUUCUCCCUGGUGGUGUUGCCCACCAUAGAUGGAUGGAGGGAUGGACGAAUAGAGGAUAGAUAGAGGAUAGAGGGAUGAGGAUAAGUGUUGUUGGUUGGUUGCUAUGUCCCCCAGUGUGGUCCAGGAGGACAGCCAUCCAUCAGACAGCCUCCAUUUAAAUGCACACAGCUAGGGCCUCCAUUUAAAUGCACAAUCCCCUCUUUAAUCUCUUUAAGCUACGGUGAUGCAUCACUAUUGCAAAUUUAAUACGCCACUCUAUGUUUCUCCCCCUUUCCAUUCACCUCCAUCUGGACACACACACACACACACACACACACACACACACACACACACACACACACACACACACACACACACACACACACACACACACACACACACACACACACACACACACACACACACAUACACACACACACACACACACACACACACACACACAUACACGCACACACGCACACACGCUCCAUUCACCUCCAGACACACUGGUUUAAUGUGUUUUGGCCAAAGUGAUGAUGUUAAAGUCACUGUGUACUAAAUAGCGGAGGAAGGAGACAUGGAGCAAUGGGGAGAGGAAAGGAGAAAUGGAGCAAUGGGGAGAGGAAAGGAGACAUGGAGCAAUGGGGAGAGGAAAGGAGACAUGGAGCAAUGGGGAGAGGAAAGGAGAAAUGGAGCAAUGGGGAGAGGAAAGGAGACAUGGAGCAAUGGGGAGAGGAAAGGAGACAUGGAGCAAUGGGGAGAGGAAAGGAGAAAUGGAGCAAUGGGGAGAGGAAAGGAGAAAUGGAGCAAUGGGGAGAGGAAAGGAGACAUAGAGCAAUGGGGAGAGGAAAGGAGAAAUGGAGCAAUGGGGAGAGGAAAGGAGACAUGGAGCAAUGGGGAGAGGAAAGGAGACAUGGAGCAAUGGGGAGAGGAAAGGAGAAAUGGAGCAAUGGGGAGAGGAAAGGAGAAAUGGAGCAAUGGGGAGAGGAAAGGAGACAUGGAGCAAUGGGGAGAGGAAAGGAGACAUGGAGCAAUGGGGAGAGGAAAGGAGAAAUGGAGCAAUGGGGAGAGGAAAGGAGAAAUGGAGCAAUGGGGAGAGGAAAGGAGACAUGGAGCAAUGGGGAGAGGAAAGGAGACAUGGAGCAAUGGGGAGAGGA